AUGAAAGGACUUAUUCUUGUCGGAGGUUUUGGCACCCGCCUUCGGCCUCUCACCCUCACCCUUCCUAAGCCUCUCGUCGAGUUCGGCAACAAGCCCAUGAUUGUCCACCAGAUUGAAGCUCUCGUUGCUGCCGGCGUCAAGGAUAUUGUUCUUGCCGUGAACUACCGACCUGAAAUUAUGGAAAAAUUCCUGCAAGAGUACGAGGAAAAAUACAACAUCAACAUCGAGUUUUCCGUCGAGUCCGAGCCCCUUGACACUGCCGGGCCCCUUAAAUUAGCGGAAAAGAUCUUGCUCAAGGACGAUUCUCCUUUUUUUGUCCUCAACUCGGAUGUUAUUUGCGACUAUCCCUUCAAGGACUUGCUACAAUUCCACAAAGAACACGGCGACGAAGGUACUAUUGUUGUCACCAAGGUCGAGGAGCCGUCAAAAUAUGGUGUCGUCGUCCACAAACCCAAUCACCCAUCUCGAAUCGACCGAUUCGUCGAAAAGCCGGUUCAAUACGUUGGCAACCGUAUUAAUGCUGGCAUGUACAUCUUCAAUACUUCCAUUCUCAAGCGCAUCGAACUCCGCCCCACUUCCAUCGAGAAAGAGACCUUCCCCAGCAUGGUCCAGGAUAAUCAGUUGCAUUCGUUCGACCUUGAGGGAUUCUGGAUGGACGUUGGCCAGCCCAAGGACUUCCUCAGCGGAACCUGCCUAUACCUGUCGUCUUUAACCAAGCGCGGUUGCAAGACCCUGACACCGCCCACUGAGCCCUUCGUCCACGGCGGGAAUGUUCUCAUUGAUCCUUCUGCCAAGAUUGGCAAGAACUGCAGAAUUGGCCCCAAUGUUACUAUCGGACCUGACGUCGUUGUCGGCGACGGCGUCCGCCUGCAGCGCUGUGUGCUGCUGCGUGGCUCCAAGGUCAAGGAUCACGCUUGGGUCAAGUCCACCAUUGUCGGCUGGAACAGCACUGUCGGCCGUUGGGCUCGCCUGGAGAACGUCACAGUCCUGGGCGACGACGUUACUAUUGGCGAUGAAAUCUAUGUCAACGGUGGUUGCGUCUUGCCCCACAAGUCAAUCAAGACCAAUGUCGAUGUGCCUGCCAUCAUCAUGUAG